CACAAUUUAUUCCAAAGAAAAACAAUCACCCACCACUUGCGACACUGUUUUCUGACAGAGACACCAUUUCUUCCGCGGCUUCACUUUACCACCAGAAUCCCUCUUUCUCUCUCUCUCUCUCUCUCUCUCUCUCUCUCUCUCUCUCAAAUGCCUCACGCGUUAUAGAUUAAAAUAAUGUAAUCAUCCUUUCUUUCUUCUCUUCUCUCCUACUACAACAUCCACCUUAGUUUCCAACCUCUUUCCUGUCCCAAAUAUCCAUCUGGGUUAUUAGUUUUCGUACCUACCUUUGGUUUUCAACCUUUAACUCCAUUUCAUAAUCAAAGAGUGUAAAAGUUGAGCCUUUUUGGUUUGUCCAACCCACAGGUCAAUAUAUGCUGUAGCACAAGUGUAUGAGCUGGGAAGCAGAAUGGGAUCUGGCACUGAGGUUCACUCAGUGGUGGAGUUCAGUCUGGAUGCAAAGUGGCUUAUAGAUCCAAAGCAACUAUUUGUUGGGCCAAAAAUUGGGGAAGGUGCCCAUGCCAAAGUGUACGAAGGAAAAUAUAAAAAUCAGAAUGUUGCUGUUAAGAUUAUUAAUAAGGGCGAAACCCCAGAACAGAUUUCUAGGAGAGAGGCUCGGUUUGGCAGAGAAAUUGCAAUGUUAUCUAGAGUUCAACACAAAAAUCUAGUUAAGUUUAUUGGGGCUUGCAAAGAACCAGUUAUGGUUAUUGUAACUGAACUUCUGUUAGGGGGAACAUUGCGCAAAUACCUGUGGGGUAUCCGUCCAAACUGCUUGGAUAUGCGUGUGGCAGUUGCAUUUGCUCUUGAUAUUGCGCGAGCAAUGGAAUGCUUACACUCUCAUGGGAUCAUUCAUCGUGACCUUAAACCUGAUAACUUGAUCUUGACAGAAGAUCAUAAAACUGUUAAACUUGCAGAUUUUGGUCUAGCCAGAGAAGAGUCCUUAGCAGAGAUGAUGACUGCUGAGACAGGGACAUAUCGUUGGAUGGCUCCAGAACUUUACAGCACUGUCACUCUAAGACAAGGGGAGAAGAAACAUUACAACCAUAAGGUGGAUGUCUACAGUUUUGCUAUAGUGCUGUGGGAGCUCAUCCAUAAUAGGUUGCCUUUUGAAGGCAUGUCAAAUCUACAGGCUGCAUAUGCAGCUGCAUUUAAGAGUACAAGGCCGAGCGCUGAAGACCUCCCUGAUGAAUUGGCUCUGAUUGUGACUUCUUGUUGGAAAGAGGAACCAAAUGAUCGACCCAAUUUUAGUCAAAUAAUACAGAUGUUGCUUCGAUAUCUAAUUACCAUUUCCCCGGCCGAUCCAGUUGCUCCAAUGCGUAUUUCAUCAUCCAAAAAUGCUGUAUUGCCACCAGAAUCUCCAGGUACAAGUGCUUUAAUGGCUCGAAGAGAUGAUUCUGGCGAAACCCCGAAAGUUGAUAUUGAAGGCAGGUCUAAAGGGUGUUUCUUCUGCUUUAAUCAAUGUUACUGAUGACCACACGAUGCUGACAUAGAUGGGGCUGACCCAGAUCACGGUGUGGCAAUCUGAAUAAAUCCGUCACAAAAUGUUGCAAUUAGAAUUUUAACAAGAAAGCUUUUAUUCAAUGACGCAGGUUAGUUCACCUUCAUUCCAUGUUCUCAGUAAGAGUACGUAGCACGCCAUUCUCUUUUAACAUUGGGUUUACUCACUUCUAACCAUCUGAGGUUGAGGCUGCUGAGAUGUAUUGUUGUACAAUAUGGUUCAUCCAAAGGCCUUCACCUCGUGCGUUAUGCUUAAUGUAUGGAAAUGACAUGGAUAACAAAUGAAAAUGGGGGAACAUUUUUAUCAGUGGGUUUAUGUAAUCCGUUUAUGGAACUUGGUAACCUUUUAGAUUUUCCUUGCACUUACAUUUGUCAAAUUCCUAUGUUUAUGGCCAUGACUGAUUGUUAUUAUUUUUACAAUCAAAUAAAAUAGAUCGUUUAAUGAA